AGCAGCAGCCGUAGCGACGGAGUUUAGACAAGCGGAGGGAGCAAAAUGGCGGACGAAGAUAUUACGCUUGAUGGAAAACCUCUUCAGUCGCUCCGAGUUGCCGAUUUGAAAGCGGCUCUGGAGCAAAGAAACCUCCCAAAAAGCGGACAAAAGAACACACUUAUCAAGCGACUCAAAGGGGCUCUGAUGCUGGAGAACCUACAGAAGACAUCGUCCUCUCACAGUGGGCUGCAGCCCAACUCUCAGAUAGGAGAGGAGAUGUGCCAGAACAGCUUCAUAAAGCAGUACCUGGCCAAGCAGCAAGAGCUCCUUUGCCAGAGACUGGAGAGAGAGGCCCAGCAGGGGCAAGACGCUGAUGAGAGCCCAGCUGUACCCGAGGAGGAUGAAGAACACUCGGAGGACAAUGACAGCUCCUCCUAUGCCUCUGACAAGCCACGUCAGGUUCUGGCCAGGCCUGAGGAGAGAGGGGCAGGAGACUCAGUGACAGGUCAUGGCACCACCCUUCAUCACCAGGAGGCCCAUGACGCUCCAGGAGCUAGGAUGCAGCGAGCCACCUUUCACCAAGGACACAAGGAGCCACCAGCACCCUCUCCUCCCCGUGCAGUCGCCUCCCUGUCAGUGCGCGUUCUGGGACAGCCCGACUGUCCCCCAGCAGUACCCCCAGCUCAGGAGAAGGAAGGCACCGCACCGAGUGAACCAGGAUCGGCUCGUUCUGUGCUCCACCUGAGCCGAUCUGCUGGGGGUUCAGCAUCAAGCCAUGUCCAUGAGGAUAGUGAUGAAGGUGAUGAUGGUGAUGAUGAGAGUGAUGAUGAUGAGGACUGGGGGCCUGGUCCCGGUGGGGUCCGAAAGGGAAGCAGGGGACCUGCCCCAUCGCAGCAGAUGCCACCCAGCGUCCCAUCAUCAGCUGGAAGAUCCAAACGCAAACUUCAACCUCCGCAGCACAUCCCACCUCCACAGGUACACCACACCCCCAUGCAACUGCGCCACCCCACACCUCCUCCCUCUCCACCCCCUAAUCUGUUCCCCCUUCCUGACACUCCCAAGCAGAGCCCGCCAGACCCAGAUGACCGUGAAGAAGCUGGACGCAGCCAAGGGGUGGUGUCAUUCCCACCUUCCAAGGUGCAGAGGCAAGAUUCUGACUCAAGUUCUCGUUCCAGCAGUCCCGAACCACGCGUGAAACGUGGGACAGGGCCCCUUUCUCUGCUUGUACACAAGAUGGAGUCAGAGGGGGCUGGUGUGUCAGGAGAGACUGCACACUCCACUGCUGAGUCUUCCAGUGAAUCCCCACAGCCAGGACGGGAGACAAAGAUGCAACAAGAGGACAGGAAGAUGGAGGAAGAGAGGCAGCUGAAGGAGAGGGAGGACAAGGAGAGACAGAAACAGCGUGAGAAGGAACGAGAAAAAGAGAAGAAACAACAACAGGAGGAGGAGAAGAGAAGAGAGGAGAAACGGCUAAAGGAGGAGCAGGAAAAGAAACAGAAGACGGCAGAUGAAGACAAGAAGCUGGUGACUGAGGUCCAAGAUUCCGGUUCUUCAUCAGAUUCUGACUCCAAAUCAGACUCGUCGUCACGAUCAUCACAAUCGUCCUCCUCUCAGGAUAAAACACCACCUGCCAGGAAGCUGAAGAAGGGGGACCAAGAAGCAGAUGGUGAGAAAAAAGCUGACCCGAGUAAAGGGGCAGAGACACCACACCUUUCCAAAAGGGAGGUGUCGGAGCCCAGUGCAGCCGCCGUGACGGAGGUGGAACCAGAUUCGGAGAGCUCCAUGGACCAGCAGCCAGCCUCCGGGGCUGAGCCUGAGAACAGUGAGGGCCGCCAUGAGGAGAGCACCACCCCUAAGGCUUUUGCUGCUCGCAAGAUAUCCCUGACCAACAGUAAGACUUCUCCCGCCACCACAGACGGAGGAGCAGGAGAGACUGAGACGGGAACCGCAGCGGGGAGAAAGAGGCGAUGGGGUUCCAGCACGGCCGUCACUGCUAAGAAGCCCUCCAUCAGCAUUACAACGGACUCCCUGAAGUCUUUGAUCCCCGACAUCAAAGUGAACCAGGAGGCAGUCGUGGAUCUUCACCCAGAGGAGCUGCAGUUGUCUGGUGAUGAGGAGAACCCGGAUGCCAGCAGAAGCGACCCAGACAAAGGCCUCAAGAUCCGACGCACCGUCACACAGGUUGUCCCAGGUAGCAGCCAGGAAAAUGGACAGACAAAGGAAGAAGAAGAAGAAGAAGAAGAAGAGGAGGUGGAGAAAAUGGAGACAGAGAAACCACGUCGGACUUCCAGAGACAACAGGAAGAGCAGUCUUUCCGAGGACGUCCCAGAAACACAGACGUCUGUCAGCCUCGACGGGGAAGCGAAGAAAGUUACCCCCAGCGACAGCCUGGUGCGUCGCUCCAUAAGUCAACAGAAGUCCGGUGUGUCCGUCACGAUCGACGAUCCCGUUCGCACAACCAGGCAGCCCUCACCACCUCGUGGAAAAGUGUCAAACAUCAUCCAUGUGACAAACCUGGUGCGACCUUUCACCCUGGGCCAGCUGAAGGAGCUGCUGAACCGUACAGGGAGCGUAGUGGAAGAGGGCUUUUGGAUUGACAAGAUAAAGUCUCACUGCUAUGUCACAUACGCUACAACAGACGAGGCUGUCGCUACCAGAGCUGCCCUCCACAGAGUCAAGUGGCCUACGAGCAAUCCCAAGGUCCUCAACGUGGACUUCUGUGAGCAGGCUGAGCUGGACUUUCACAAAGGUGUCCUGAAGCCAGACAAAGAGGAGGAGCCUGUUCCCCCGCCCGCUGCCCCACCGAUCCGGCUGCCCCCUCUGAUGCCUGAGCGAGACAGAGAACGAGACAGGGACAGAGAUAGGGAACGUGAGCGCGAACGCGAGCGAGACAGAGGUGUACGGGAUCUGUGGGCAGAGCGAGAAAGGGAGAUGCAGCGCCGAGAGAGGGCGCGAGGCGAGCGGGAAUGGGACCGGGAUAAAGUGCGGGAAUUUGCACGGCCGGGAGAGGAUGGACGACGAUCUAGAUCCAGAGACAGAGACAGGAAGAGGAGAGAGAGGGCCAAGAGCAAGGAGAGGAAGACUGAUAAGAAGGAGAAGGCAGAUGAACCUCCAGCCAAACUGUUAGACGACUUGUUCCUCAAGACCAAAACAGCUCCGUGUAUAUACUGGCUUCCCCUCACCGAGGAGCAGGUGGCGCAGAGGCUUUUGGAUCGCACAGAGCGACAAAAGGAGCGCGAGCGAAGGCAUAAGGAACUGCAAGAGGAGGAGAAGAAACGCGAGGAGGAGAAGGAAAGGCUGAAGGGCCGGGAGAAGGAUGGCAGCGUGGCGACGAGCGGCGGAGCAGCCGGGCGAGGCGCUGACGGAGACAGAGAGCGGGGCCGAGACAGAGAUCGGGACCGUGAGGGGGACAAGAAGAGGGAUGGCAGCCACCGGCCCCGACGACCUUCGCCGGGCGCUGCUAGUGGACGCCGGUCUCGUAGUCGGAGCAACCCGAGGGACAGGCGCCGCUGAGGGAUGGACGGAGGCCGCAGGAAAAGCUGGAGAGGGAAGCAGUGUAGCUGAGGACGCAGCGGGCUGGCACUGGCAGGGGUGUUUCGGUGUCUGCUCCUCCCCUACCUGCCCCCACUGUGCUUGAAUUCGUCCACUAUGACGCCAGCGUUGUCUUCCACACACUUCUGCCACCCACCCCACUCCCCAUCUUUUUAACAAAUUCCUUUGCAGAAACAUGACGGUUCAUCGCGCUCCCCUCCUCCUCCGUUCUCUUGCCGUCUUCCAGCAGAACACCGGCUCCUUCCUCCUGUAGAGAGUAGCGUUUCCUCCUCGUCUCUGUUUCAGUGCUGUCGGUUCCCCUUUGAUUGAAGAAAAGAAGAAGGGCGGUAGUUUUCUGGCUCGCCUCUUCAUUUUUUUGUCCCACUGAGGUUUUGGGAGCCCGCCUCAUUAUUUUAGUUCUGCGGGUGCACAGUUCCUUCCUCCUCAGCCCUGUAAUAAAACCAGUCCAAAAUAGAUCCCUGACCUUCACAUAUUUUCUAGGAUCAGUUUUAAUGUUCUCCUCUUCAGCACAAAACAUUUUUUCUUUAUCUUUGUUUUGUUGUUGUUUUUUUUAAUGUACCUUUAUGGGCGACCUUUGUUGAUAUAAGUUAAUUUUGUUUUCUUGGAAAUUUGAGGAAUCAUGUUUAUUUCUUCAGCCUUUGAAGGCUUGUUGUGCGAGUGACGUCUCGACACUGCGACAGUAGUGUUAGAGAGAUGUGGCAUUAUGCCUAACUUUGUCCUUUUGUGGGAUGAGAAGGAGAGGAUAUGAAAUACUCAGAUGAUUAUGGGAAGCUGACCUUCCCUGCACUGAUGUCUAUUUGAAAACGCCUCCUCUGAUCCUUCAAUCUUAUAUUUAAGAGGAGGUGAAAAUAAAAAAUCUUUAUCUUCUAAUAGAGUAAUGGUUAGAAUUUUAAAAUUUUCUUUUUUUAGUUUAAAACUGAUUUUGUUGCUUUUUCCUCCUACAAGUGCUGAAUGUACCGAGAAUUUAAAAAAAAAUAUGAAUAAACUUUAAUUGGUUAUCACAU